AACCCAGCAAGCAACCCAGCAAGCCAGCCGAUCGCCAUGUCCACCACCACCGAGACUGCUCCCGUCCCCGAUCUCCCCCGCGCGGCUCCUUACCCCGUUGAUCUCGAGCCUGGCAAGGACUACUACUGGUGCUCGUGCGGCAAGAGCCAGAACCAGCCAUUCUGUGACGGAAGCCACAAGGGCAGCUCCUUCAAGCCCGUCAAGUUCACCGUCGAUGAGGCCAAGAAGUACUUCUUGUGUGGCUGCAAGCUCGCCGAGUCCGCUCCCUUCUGUGAUGGCACCCACAGAAAGGAGAAGGGCCUGAAGCGAUACAACGAGUUCUUGCUCAAGGCCAACCAGGACCUCAAGGAAAAGUACGAUCGUGAAGCGAAGCUGCGCAAGCUGAUGACCGCCAGCACCGUCGUGGCUGUUGUCGCUAUCGCCGUCUACCACAUCGUUGUCCCCUACCACAAGUGAACCCUGAGUUCCUGCGACUGGAAAUAGCCCUGCUCGUUAAGGGAAUAUAUCGACUCUUUCACGAUCGUGUGUUUGAUCGCGU